AAUAUAAAAAGAUCAGUACCAAAGAAGUCAUGACUUCUUAUUAAAUUACUUGUUGGAGGUGAGAAUUAAGUUGUGAAGCUAUGGAUCAUAUUAUUGAUGAUGACCCUUUUGAGUCCUCUUCUACUGGUACCAGAGAUGAAAAAGUAGAACCUGGUGAACUCUUGGAAGAGUCUUGGUUCUUUGGAAACUCUCUUGAUAGAAAAACCAAGUUCUUGAGAUGUUUCUCUGAUCCUUGUCCUUCUUCCUCAAAUUACAGCCAAGAUACGCCUGUUAGAAGUUCAUGUAGGGAAAACUCAUCCAACAACAAACUCAAACUCUCCAAAGGCCAUGCUUUGGUUAGUACACCAUCGAUGCCACCACCUUGUAUGCCAAGGGAAGAAGAAGAAGUAAUUCAAGAGAAUGGAAGAGGUUGCAGUAUGAGAAAAUCCAACCUUCAAUCACCGCGACAGCGACAUAGGUUGGUUCGCGCACCAUCUCUACCACCUUGUAUAGGCAGGGUAGAUGCAUAUGAAGAUGCGGAAAGUGACUUCGCUUUGAGCAAAUUAAUCAGGCAAGCGUCGCUCAACAGUACUUCAGAUGUCUUGCCACCACGAAACACUUCCAAGGUCAUGACACUAGGUUCAAACAUUCCAAUGCAACAUCCUCGAAAGAAACCAGAGCGAGAAAGCAUUAACACAGAUGGUUGUAAGGAGAUGAGGCCACGAAACCUUAUAACUAAUCAAAUGAAGACGAGAAAAGGAGUUGGUGAUCUUGAGUCUGAAGAAGUGCAAAGUUUUAGGGACAUGGGUUUCACAUUUGACAAAGGAGAAUUAGACCCGAGUUUGGCGAACCGAAUUCCUGGUUUUCAAGAGAAGAACACACAAGAUUUUGAUGAAGACAAGGUGAGGAGGCCUCAUCUUUCUGAGGCAGGGUUAGUACAGAGCUCUGCCCCACCAAUUCCAAAUUGGGUUGACAAGAGUUCACCAAAAGACAUGAAGACACAGAUUAAGUUUUGGGCUAGAGCUGUGGCAUCUAAUGCGCAUUAAGAGUGUUGAUAACCUUUUGUGACAUUGAAAUAAGGGUGGGAGGCAAUCAUUUCCAGUAAUCUAUCCUUUUGUUCUUGUUUGUAUUCCCUGCAAUUCAUUUUUUGUAAUUCUCAAUUGCUAAAACUUUAUCUUGAAAGGUUACAUAUUUGGGACCAAUGAGCUUUUAAACCGUAAGGGCGUUUUGUCCAUGGUACAGGCACAAUAGCAGGGAUUCCAGGAACUGAAUUGGAAGAAUAGGGGAAUUGUAGAAGAAUAAAAUUCAUUAUUUAUGUGGCAUUUUUUUAUUUUUAAUUUUUUAUAUAGCACAUAAUAUUCUUUGGA